UCACACACACACAGUCAGAAAAGCUGGUGGAGGACAGAGAGAGGGAGAGAGAGCAGCCUCAUGCCGCCGCGGUUUAACGGGAAUUAAAAACCUCGGUCGGUUUUUUUCUGGGGAGAAGAGUUAAAACACAACAACAGCAACAACAAACAUGCAUCCGUCGUGGAUGUGGAUGCUGAUGCUGACGAUGGCGGCUCUGCAGUGUGUCCUCAGUGCAGAGGCUGAGCAGUCGUUGUCAGGCAAACGGGAGUCGCCGUCGUGCACAAGAGGGUUUACGCAGGAGGAGUACAUCAUCCAAAUGGACCAAGAGCUGGAAAAGGGACAGGCUGUCUUCAACGUCAGCUUUAUGGACUGCGGUGGUGGUGAGGUGAGGUUCAUGGUCAGAGGCUCGUCGGACUUUAGGGUGAGUGAAGACGGUGUGGUCUACGCCCAGCGGUGCCUUAACCUGGCAGGAAAGAAAAAGGUUUCCACAGUGGUCUACGCUCAAGACUUGCAGUCCAAGCAGGUGUGGAAGACCCGAGUGCACUUCCACGUCCGUCCACAUGGCAACGGCGCAAAUCCUGAACAGCAGGUAAAGCCCAGUGAUGCAACACUGAUUCGACGGCUACCAGAGAUCUUGUUUCCAUGGCGCAGCGUCGUUGUCGGGGGCGACGGCACAGUGAGGCGGGUGAAGAGGGACUGGGUCAUUCCGCCGAUCAACGUCCCUGAGAACUCGCGAGGACAGUUCCCCGAAGACCUCGUCAGAAUCCGCUCAGAUCGAGACAAUAGCCGGAUGCUGCGUUACAGCGUGACGGGCCCCGGGGCCGAUCAGCCCCCGACCGGCAUCUUCAUCAUCAACCCGAUCACAGGCCAACUGUCGGUGACCAAGCCUCUGGACAGAGAGCACAUCUCCAACUUUCACUUGCGAGCUCAUGCUGUGGACCUGAAUGGGAACCAGGUGGAGAAUCCCAUAGAUAUCGUGAUUAACGUCAUCGACCAGAACGACAAUCGACCAGAGUUCACACACACCAUCUUCAACGGUUCUGUCCCGGAAGGAUCCAAGCCUGGAUCCUUUGUGAUGACGGUGACAUCGGUGGACAAAGACGAUCCCAAAACGGCCAAUGGCAUGCUGCGGUACAAGAUCCUCUCCCAGAAUCCUCAGAGCCCCUCCUCCAACAUGUUCACCAUUAACAACAAAACCGGUGACAUCAUCACAGUGGCAGCGGGCCUCGAUCGAGAGAAAGUGACUCAGUACACGCUGAUCAUCCAGGCCACAGAUAUGGAGGGAAACCCCACUUAUGGUCUGUCGAACACUGCGACCACUGUCAUCAGGAUCACUGAUGUCAAUGACAACCCUCCGGAGUUCACCACAGACACAUUCUUCGGGGAGAUUCAUGAGAACAGGGUGAAUGUGAUCGUUACUAACUUGACCGUGACCGACAAAGAUCAGCCUCACACUUCAGCCUGGAGCGCCGUGUACCGUAUCAUCGCCGGAGACCCCACUGGGCGCUUCUCCAUUCCCACUGACCCGACGACCAACGAGGGCCUGCUCACUGUGGUCAAGCCGAUAGAUUUCGAGCUGACUCGCUCCUUCAUGCUGACGGUGGAGGCGGAGAAUGAGGUCCCGCUGGCCCGAGGCAUCCACCUGCCUCGUCAGUCAUCGGCAACGGUCUCCGUGCGAAUCCUGGACAUCAAUGAGAGUCCAGAGUUCAGCCCAAACCCCAAGUCCAUCAAACUAGAGGAAGGUCUACCUGCCGGGUCUCUGCUCACCACCUUCACCGCGCAAGACCCCGAUCGCUUCAUGAGACAAACUGUCCGGUACUCCAAGUUGUACGACCCUGCCAACUGGUUGGAGAUUGACCCGGUUAACGGUCGGAUUUCCACCAUCGCCAUCCUCGAUCGAGAGUCUCCCUAUGUCAAGAACAACCUGUACAACGUCACCUUCAUGGCCUCAGACAGCGGUGUCCCGCCUGCCAGUGGGACAGGCACCCUUCAGAUGUAUCUGCUGGACAUUAAUGACAACGCCCCUCAUGUUUACCCACCUGAGGUGGAAAUGUGUGAGAGGCCGAAUCCCAACGGCAUCAACAUCACAGCCAGUGACGCCGACUUGACCCACAACGCCGGACCCUUCGCCUUCGAGCUCGCCAGUCGCCCAUCAGACAUACGCCGCAACUGGACGCUCAGUCGCCACAGCGGCGAGUAUGCUCAGCUUCGACUGAGGAUCAGCUCCUUGGCCAGUGGGAUCUACGAGAUUCCAAUCACCAUCACAGACUCUGGCAACCUUCCCAUGUCCAACACAUCCUACCUGAGGGUCAAGGUUUGCCAGUGCGAUCACCACGGAGACUGCGUGGACAUGGAACGAUUCAUUGCCACAGGACUUGGCACUGGAGCCAUCAUUGCCAUCCUCAUCUGUAUUAUCAGCCUACUAGUGCUGGUGCUGCUGUUUGUGAUGUGGAUGAAGAGGAGGGACAAGGAGCGUCAGGCCAAGCAGCUCCUCAUCGACCCAGAGGACGACGUCCGGGACAACAUCCUCAAAUAUGACGAGGAGGGAGGUGGAGAGGAAGACCAGGACUAUGAUCUGAGUCAGCUGCAGCAGCCCGAUGCCCUGGAGCCAGAGUGUGUCAAAGUGGGGAUCAGACGUCUGGAUGAGAGGCCCCUCCAUCAUGACCACCAGUACCCGGUCCGCUCUGCUGCACCGCACCCAGGGGACAUCGGAGACUUCAUCCAUGAGGGCCUGAAGGCGGCCGACAACGACCCCACUGCUCCCCCGUACGACUCCCUGCUGGUGUUCGACUAUGAAGGCAGUGGCUCCACCGCCGGUUCCCUCAGUUCCCUGCACUCCGCCUCCAGCUACGGAGACCAGGACUACGACUACCUCGGCGACUGGGGGCCUCGGUUCCGGAAGCUAGCCGACCUGUACGGAGGAGGGGAUGAUUAACACGUUCAACCCCCCGACCGACAAAAAAAAAAACACCCUCCCCACCCUGUGCUCUGCAGCUCAGGUGUGGGUGGGGUGGUGAAGAUAAAUGUAGGGUUUUGGAUCAGCACUUGGGUAUUAACCACAGGACAGCUUGUAAAGAGACUUGCUGCCUCUCGAAGGACAGUCGAUGACACUUGGGACCAUGUUGACUCCUGGCCUGGCAAGGCCCGUCAGCGAGGACACUUUCAAGCUAAUUAUCAUUAUCGUCUGAGCAUUAGUUCCUGAGCUAAAACACGUGUGAGCAGCCAGAACGGAGCGCUCAGAGGGAACGUUGUCUCUGUGAUGAUGAAGAGCCACAACAGCCACGCUACAGACGCUCAUUUACACUUGAAUCUCACAGUACAGGAGCACUGGGGUCAAAUGUGCCUUUUUGUACAUUCUUUUGAUUGUGUUCAGUCUUGAAUUCUCUAUGUUGCUUUAAAGCUCCUGCUGUUCCGCGACGGCACCUGGAGGAGCGUUUUUUUUCUUAUUUUAGUUUUGGUUUUGCCAUGAUAACGAGUGCAUGUGUGCGUUUGGGUCCCACUUCAUUACCUGUGUGUGUGUGAGUGUGUAUGAGAGUGUGUGAAUCAUUUCCACGGAGACACACUGGAUGGACGCUCUAUAGGGCAACGCCUACUAUAAGACAUAAGACAUUUUGGAUGAUCUAACCAGCAAAAGAAAAACAAAAUAGCUUUACUGUACAGCUCUGGGUGUAAUAGCUUCUGUUUCCUGUCAAAAGAGUGACAGCUGCACGAACACACAUAUUCAUGUAUGAUGAAUUAAUCAAUCACAAAGCUGCAAGUAAAGUAAAAAGAAAUGGAUUUAAAGUGAUCAAUAAUCCAUUUACAUCUGUAUUAAAAUGUCAUUCAGAUUGACCACAUGAUAGUUCAGGUGUCAACACGUCAAGAAAGUAUCGAUCGGUAAAUGGUCUGUAAUCUCUCAAAGAGCUUUACGCUGCUUUUUUAACAGCAUUCACCCACACAUUAAUACAGCAGCACAUUUCCAAUCACACAUCUGUCACACAUGCCAGUGGCAAUUUGAGAUUAAAGGCCCAGUGUGUAAAAUUUAGGUGAAAUUGAAGUAAUAAUACUUUUUUUUGGUUGCCUUUAACUGUUAUCAUUUAUCAUUCAUCUACAAAAGACAUAUAUAGCUGCAACGGGAAACUUCACCAAUAAAUGUUGCAGUGUUGGCAACUUAGCGACUUUGUCAGUAUAUUUAGCGAGUAUUCAGACCCAGCGAGUAAAAAAAAAAGCGACUAGCGACAAAUGUAGCCACUUUUUCUGGUGUUAUUGGAGACUUUUGGAGACCAGGUGGACCAGUCCUCCGCGUCCAGACUGCAAAUGACGCGCACAACUUUCUUUGUCUAAAAUAAAUCAAUGCAAUGAAAAAAAAAGAGGCAAGAAUCUACAGGAGAAAGUUAAUCUAAACAUAUUUAGGGUGUUUUUCCUCACGUCUUGUCAAUUCCAAGUAAAAUGCUAUGACUUCUAGCGACUGUUUUGACAGCCAACGGCUACUUUCUGUACUGAAAGUAGCUCCAUUUUACAAACCGUACCUCUAAAAGCCUUCAACAGGGAUACAACGGGAUGUCGACUCAAACCCCGACUUUCCAAGUGAAAGAUUAAAUUCAAUUUGUAGUUCAGUAAAAGAAUAAAAAAGCUCCACCACUGAGCCACAGCUGCCUCCUGUGGAAGAAGAGUUAGCGACAGCUAGUAGCCAUUAGCAAGUAAACACAGGAAGCAGCUCUCAAGAUAUUUACGACACAUGUGGACGGAGUGAAGACGAGAUGAGUUUAGAGGCGAGAAAACUGAGUAUUACAGCUUCACCGUGGCUGCAUUUGUUUUCUUCUUUGUCUGUUAAGUUUUUCAGGGCCUUACGUUAGCAUGAUGAUAAGUUAGCUUUGUUGCGUCACAAAAAAGGGCACUGGUUUAAAUUUAUUUUCGCCCCCAAAACAUGAAAAUGAAUGAAUCUACACUUUGUCAACUAAAGCUGUUUCAAAUGCAGGCCUUUGUGUGUGCAGUUGACGUGUUUCUUCUGUUCUUAGUAAAAUCAAAUUCAAAACAAAAUCUGGUUAACAUUAGGUGUAAAUGGAUUCAGAGAUAGUUUCUAAAAACAUACAAGUUAACAAAUUCAUCCCUGGAGUGACAUUCUGGCCCCGUUCUCAGGUGUUUUCAUUAUAUACUGUAUAUAUAACGUACUCAUUCAAUGCCGUUCUUAGUGUUACAGCAAAACUCCAGCUGCGUCUGCGUUAACAAAGCCAAGAUCAGACGUUUUCAUUUUCUCUCUGCUCUCCCACACUCUUUAUUAUUCAAUAUCACACACAGGCCAACGCUUUGAUUGAAUUUAUAUAAAGGAAAGGAAACUGCAUUUGAGAUAGUUGAGGACAUUUAGUGCCAUAAUGAAUUCAAAUAACUUUUCUAAAUCACGCAGAAGUCAUUAUUUUGAGUGCGGUCAGAAUAUUGUGGUCGUGUCCUUGUGCUUUCAUGAACGGAAAGUCAUUCAACUUACUCGCUGAAUGGCAAAUUAAAUAAUCAAAGUGGUGAUAAACACACGGCGAUGAAAUAAAACUUCUAUUUGUGUGUUUGCGCGGACGAGAGGCAGAAUAAACUGUAAGCAGCAACAAUAAAAGGGGGUCAACAGCGAGACUUAAUCAAACACAACUGAGGCAACAGCAACGCGAGGAGAAAACAGAGUGGCAAAUGGAAACCGGCAGACACUGGUGCGGCUUCAGCAGACCCAUGCUGUACAGAGAUUAUAUUUACAGAUGCAUACGUUUAUUUAAUGAGCACAACAGAACAUUAACAGAAAGUGAAGAAAAUUUAGUGCUGCGGCUUAAUGACCAGUUCAACACAUCGUGUCUUCACUUAAGUUGUUUAAACUUCUAAUUUUUCUCAGUGCACUAAAGCACUCGAGGCUCUUACAAGAAUUUGGUUUUGAAUCAUGAGGAAAUUCAGUCUUCACCUUCAUCAUUAAUGAGAGAACAAGUUCUCGAGCUUUCAGUUUGUAUGUGAGACGGAGUGAAGGCCAACGUCCUUCAAACCCCUCAAAUACUGAAUGUAUAAAGAAGAGGCAGUAUCCCCCUUUUAAAGUACCACUAUUUGGGCCGUAAACAGUGUGAAUCCAAACUUAUCCUAUAAGUCCUGCCUUUCUCUUGUAAGUCUUAUAACUUUUACAUGUAAAUUCAAACCAUUGUGAAAUGAGGUUGGUGUUUGACUGAAAACGCAACAAAGCGUCCACGGAAAAGUUUCAGAAGUGAAUUCUACUGCUCAAAAAAGGUGCCAUUUAACAGUUUGACGGUGUAGACGCUUCUUGUCCCCGCCCAUCCCUGCACUGCUGGUGUAUACACACAAAUGCUCCCUUAGUUACAUCUGAUUGCGUGUUCCAUUUGUAUUUGGAACUCGGAAUUUCCAAGUUAAAACCAGACCAACGCUGCUAAUUUUACCGCUAUUAGCACUUUUGUCAUGUUUGUAUAAAAGUAAAUCAGUUGACUUCUCAACUGGAGAACCUGGACCCAGUUCCAACUCCAGAAAUUUGAUGUAACGCAGUUCGACAAAGCUCGACAAAGCUUAUUUUCAGAUGAAGGACACAUCACAGAAAUAAUACAUCAUUGUUUCUGUUCACAGAGACCAAACAGAAACAAAAUAACAACAACAAAUGUCACCUAAAGUUGCGCACUGCAGCUUUAAACGUGAACCGACUGUUUGGAGUCUGCCGUUUAAAUAUAGCACGUUUAUGUGCGGUAACGUCGUCUCUGUCCAUCAUGCGCGCUCUGCUGUCGGACGUGCGAGACAAUCAGACUGAUUUUCUGACAGCGAACAUGCUGCAGUCUUUUCAGGCCCUCACAUUGACAGUCUGUGAUAACAGCCGUUCUUGGCCAACAGAUGAGUCAGACCCUGUUUGCUUCUCCUGCAGGGAAGAUAAGAUACUUAUAAAAAACUUAAAAAAAGACAAACUUUUUUCACUCAUGAAGAAUUUAGUUUCUCUGUGGGAGUAAAAAACAAUGCCAAUAAAACAAAAACCGAGACGUUAAAAUGACCUGGAGGAACGUGGCAGACAAACUAUAUUAAUGUAAUAAAGCCAUAAUGUAAUAAGACAGUUGGGAGUUGGUAGUUUCUCCUUCACAGAGUAUAAAAGUCUUUGUUCUCACUUAUAAUAAAUGGUUUAACAGAGAUAAAAACAUCAACUCAUAACACAAUAAGCCAGUGACAAAGUUUUCCUGAUCAUUACAAACUUUUCUGUGCCUUUAAAAUCAAACAGAAAAUGACUAACAUGCUCCUAGGAGAGGAAGAUCUCAGUGUUAUCACAGGUUUAUAUUAGACGCCGUUCACACCUGGGAUUAACACCCAUCCUGAGUUUAGGUCUGAAUCAGCCAAAGUCCUUCAAAACCCGUGACACAAUAUGAACAGUGAUUGUGAUUGAACCCAGAGUUGUACAGAAAAGCUUCUUUUUUUUGCCGGUCUGGUUCUCCAACACUCGUGAGAAGACAUGUACAGUAAUGCUAGACCUUUGCUAGAUACCUUCUGUUUUUGUUGUUUUUGUUUGUUUGUUUGUUUUGCUUUUAUCACAAUGUAACUUAUGCAGCUGAUUGCUGGUGACGGGAGUCAGCAGUCCUUGUUUUUGUAGCAAAGAUACUUCUUGAUACUGCUGUGGUGGAUUAAAUAAGGAAAAAAAGAAAAAAAGAAAAGGCAAUGUUCCCUCUGUCUGCUGAUGAUUUGCCUUAGUGUUCUCUGGUACUCUCCAACUGAAUACUCACUGUAAAUGAAAAACAUGUACAGAUUGUAAUUUCUCUCUCUCUCUCUCGCUCUCUCUCUCUUUCUCUCUCACUCUCUCUCGUUGUUCUUUUGGCUGUGUACUUGGAAAAAUGACAUGCUAAUAUCCUGAAUCCUUGUAUAUGUGUACAUGUAAUUUGGAUUUCAAAAAUAAAAAGUUUUUGCAUGUUUUUAUCUUUUCA